GUCGCAUACCAUACCUCGUGUUCGCCAACAUGGCCACUCUCAAUCUUCCAAAACCAGUGAACUCGUACGCUGGCGAGGAUGAGCUGAGAAACGUUCCCAAUGGCGGUUCGUCAACCGCCAAGGGGAACGGAGUCAACGGCCAUGCGGAGGAUGAUGCCGAUAUGGGAGAAUACAGACCGCCAAAGCCGAGUGACAAGUUGAAAGCCGGCAUGAUCUAUCCUCCCAGAGAGAUCAGAGCUAUCAUCGACAAGACUGCUAAUCAUAUCUCCAAGUCACCUACACCGCUGCUGCUCGAGGAAAAGAUUCGAGAAUCUCAAAAGACCGAUCCAAAGUUUGCUUUUUUGAACGAUGAGGACCCGUACCACCAGUACUACCGUUACAUGAUCGAGGUGAUCAGAGAAGGAGGAAUUGAAGCGAUCAAACCGUCGGCUGCGCCAGCCGCGCCUCAGCUAAAGAAGGAGGAACAAGUUACAGCUUAUGAGCCAAAACCAUUCGAGUUCAAGGUGGACUUGCCUGGUGUCACAGCCAUGGAUCUGGACAUUCUCCGCCUAACAGCCUUGUUUCAUGCUCGACGUGGUCGAUCUUUCCUCUCAUCUUUGUCAGUUCGUGAGGGACGAAACUACCAGUUUGAUUUUCUUCGGCCCACCCAUUCAUUGUAUGGAUACUACAAUCGGAUGGUGGAAUCAUAUACAAAGAUCAUGCAGCCACCUCCUGGCUUGAUCGAGGGAUUGAUCAAGGAGGCAUCGGAUCCCGAAGCGAAAUGGAAAACGUUGGAAGAGGCUAGGAAUCGGGCAGAAUGGGAGAGAGGGAGACGGAAGCGAGAAGGAGAAGAGGCGAAGGAGAAGGAAGAGGAGCAGAAGGCUUUUGCUGCGAUUGACUGGCAGGACUUUGUGGUGGUCGAGACCAUCGAGUUCACGCAGAACGAUGUCGAGUUGGAUCUCCCGCCACCCACCUCAUCUGAGAAGCUCAAGUCAAUGAGUAUGGCCGAGAAGAGAAUGGCAUCGAUGGUCAUGGAAGAGCCCGGGGCAGAGAUGAAUAAGGGAGGCUUCAAUCCGUCCGCCGCUGCAGACGGAGCUGCCGUCGAGGAGAUGGAUAUGGAGGACGAGGAAGAGGAGGAGGCGAGGUUACAGCGGAUCAAGGCAGAGCAGGAGCAAGCGAGGGCGAGGGAUAUCCAAAAGGCGGCGAUGGCUCAAAAGGGAGUCAAGAUCAGGAGCGACUACGUACCCAAGGGUUUACAAAAAUCGACGUCUGUGGCCACUCAGAAGUGUCCUUACUGUGGACAAAUGAUCGCCGAAAGCGAAUUGACAGAACAUAUCCGAAUCGAAUUAUUGGAUCCGAAGUGGAAAGAGCAGAAGAGACAAUUGGAAAUGCGUCGGACCCAAGCUCAACAGCUUCAGCAGGGUGCAGAUGUUACUGCUUCGCUUCGAAACUUGGCGAGCGCACGUACAGACUUGUUUGGCGAUGAUAUGGAUGAAGAAGCCCGUAAACAAAAGGAGAAGGAGGACAAGGCGAGGAGGAAGGAGAGGGAAAAGCUCGGUUGGGAUGGACAUAUCUCCUCGGCUCAAAAGACGACGGAUACCUUUCAGUCUCAGUUCAACCUUGACGAUCAGAUCAAAAAGAUCCACUCAAGGUCUGGUGUUGCAGACGGUCCUCAGGGUCCAACAGCUGGACCGCAAGCUGGACCCGGUAUCAUGCCUUACAAUCACCCUCCGGCCCUCGCUGCCAGCCUGCCGAACGGCGGAUCGACCUUCUCCGGAGCCACCAUUUCAGCCGGCCCCACAGGUCCCUCUCAACGAGAAUACGUAUCAUAUGACCCUGGUUUCACCCAGGCUUCCGUCCCAUCAUCCUCUUCCGGACCUAGCGUCCAUCCUUCACGUAUGGCUCAAAUGGGUCCCGGAGGUCCAGUCGCUGGUCAAGUCCAUCCGCGAGAGGAUGAGGCGCCUAAGGAGCGACCGGUAUUCAAACGUCCAAAAAUUGAAAAAUUGCCAUAUGGACAAUUGUAUUCUGAAAUUGACUGGAUGUCACUCCACCCCGACCCGAUAAUGAUCUCUGUUCAACUUCCAAGUAUGCCUGAAAAACCUGAAUGGAAACUCGAUGGCAGCGUCAUCUCCGUCCCAGACCUUCCCGUCAAUACCUUGUUCUCGACACUGCGAGAGCGUAUUAAACGUGUGGUUGACGCUGAUUUACCAAUCUCGAGAUUACGUCUCGAUUAUAAUGGCAAAGUCAUGACGAAUAACGCGACCAUGGCUAGCGUCAACUUGGACGAGGAUGACACGUUAGUCUUGUCAGUGAGGAAGAAGUAGAUCCAUGCCCAGGAUAGGCAGCCACGUACGGGCGGGCGCUCCUCCCAAUGUAUGUAUCGAAUAUACGAU